AACUGACAGUCAAACUGACCGAUUAAUUCAUUAUUUUCAAAAUUUGUCGUUUUAAAAUCGAUGGAUAACCAACCGAUUGAUAAGUGAAAUUCAUAUUAAAAACAGAUCAUUUACACCCCUAAUUGCUUCGUUCGCAAACCCGGCACCAACACGGUUAUUUCCGUCAUUCCAUCUCCAAAAAGUCCGGAGAAACCAAUUCUAUCCCGCUUAAAUGCCAACGUCGGUGUGCUGUUCGCCUGUUUAUGUCCAAAGGAGGAGAGAUAUCACUGUCGUUGAUGAAGAGGGCCAAUCUUUUGGGCAGAUCCAUCCUCGCAAACCUCCUAAAAUUACAUAAAUCGCCUUCUCCAUCGCCUAAUCCGCGGUCCGUUCCAGAGUUAAACCGCAUUGUGUCUUUGCAGAGCUAUCGUGCUCUGUCUCAAAAGCUUAGGAUGCAAGCAGCGUGAGAGAUCUAGGAAUCAACGGCAUUGUUGUUCUUGUUAGAAAGUGUACAAUGGGAGAGAAAUCGAGGUCGAAAGGUUGUUGCGGUUGGUUUUUAAUUUUGGUAGUGUUGGCUGUGGUGGUUGCCGCCAUUGUUAUUACCGUAAAGAAGAGAUCUGACCAUCAUUCCGGUUCAGGUGAACCGGAACCUGUCCCGGGGCCUCCUGGCGCCAUUGAUGAGAAAUACGCCGACGCUCUCAAAAUCGCUAUGAAAUUCUUCGAUGUACAGAAAUCUGGUAAGUUGGUAAACAAUGAGAUAUCUUGGAGAGGGGAUUCGGGUCUUAAAGAUGGAAGUGAAGCGAAAUUGGAUCUCUCAAUGGGCAUGUAUGAUGCUGGGGAUCACAUGAAGUUUGGUUUUCCAAUGGCUUUCACUGCCACAGUGUUGUCUUGGGCAAUUCUUGAGUAUGGAGAUCAGAUGGAUGCUGUUAAGCAGUUGGAACCUGCUCAAGACUCCCUGAAGUGGAUCACCGACUACCUUAUCAAUGCUCAUCCUUCUGAGAAUGUGCUAUAUAUUCAGGUGGGUGAUCCAGAAGCAGACCAUAAAUGUUGGAAUAGGCCUGAAGACAUGACGGAGAAGAGGCCACUGGUACAAGUUAACGUAUCUUCUCCAGGAACAGAGGUUGCAGCUGAAACUGCAGCAGCUAUGGCUUCGUCGUCUUUGGUGUUUAAGACAAUUGAUCCCACAUAUUCGAGCACGCUUCUUAAGCAUGCUAAACAGUUGUUUACCUUUGCUGACAAAAGUAGAGGAUCUUACAGUGUCAGCGUCCCUGAAGUCCAAACAUAUUACAAUUCAACUGGAUAUGGAGAUGAGCUCCUAUGGGCUGCUAGCUGGCUCUAUCACGCAACAGGGGAUGACUCAUACCUUCAAUAUGUCAGUGGACAGAAUGGAAAAUUAUUUGCUAAAUUUGGAAGUCCAUCGUGGUUUUGUUGGGAUAACAAACUUGCAGGAACUCAGGUUUUGCUAUCCAGAUUAAGCUUCUUUGAUGGCAAAGACAAUGGUGGACUUGCAAUGUACAAGAAAACAGCUGAAGCUGUUAUGUGCGGCCUCCUACCAGAUUCAGCAACAGCCACAAAAAGCCGAACUGACGGUGGUCUUAUAUGGGUCAGUGAAUGGAACUCUCUGCAGCACCCUGUCGCUUCUGCAUUUUUAGCUGCUCUUUACAGUGAUUACAUGCUUACAUCGCAGACUUCUUCGAUAUCCUGUGAUGGAGAAACCUAUAAACCGUCUGAUCUUAGGAAAUUUGCCAAAUCUCAGGCUGACUACGUACUGGGCAAGAAUCCCAUGAAAAUGAGCUUUCUUGUUGGCUAUGGGGAUAAGUAUCCACAAUAUGUGCAUCAUAGGGGAGCCUCAAUCCCAGCUGAUGAAAAUCCUGGCUGCACUGAUGGAUUCAAGUGGCUUGAUUCUACUGAUCCCAAUCCCAAUAUAGCCGAGGGAGCACUCGUCGGUGGACCCUUCCUAAACGAAACAUACAUUGAUUCCAGAAACAACUCCAUGCAAGGGGAACCAAGCACAUAUAACAGUGCUGUCAUUGUUGGCCUCCUCUCAAGCCUGGUUACUACUUCUUCAGUAGUCAAAUCCUUCACCUGAAGCAGCCCUGGUACAGGUAAUCUACACUUUUUUUUUGGUAACGUAUAACCCCCCAGUUGUCUACCGGACAAAAGACUGGUAAUACAAGGUAUCUACACAUUUUGUUGUGCUAUAUGUAGCUGCAUGCAUUAAGCAGUGUUGCUGCAGAUUAAGUGUCCUGUUAGUAGAUGGACUGAAGCUUUAUUACCUCAACCCUUUAGCUCUAUAUGAUCAUUACACCUGUAAAGAUAUUAUUACAUACCUCUACCUUGCACAUAAGUUAUUGUUCAGUUUGGGUAGAAACAAUGAUGUGCGGAGCAGCUGUUGUUAUGAAA